AUGUCGGCCUGGGACAAAACAAAGCAUGGCAGCAAAGCUGCAUUUGAUAAAGCGUGGGCUGGAUUCGAGAGACUUGGCGUUCCCGUCAACAAACUCACGAACAAAAUCGGGUCCGAAGCUUUCUGGCCCACGACACUCGACCACGAAUCAGACAAAGCAGCUCGAAUCCUGAAAUCAUUCUGCAAAGAUGGCUUCUACAAGGAGGAACCCGAUUCCCCAACUAGAAAAGGUCCAAAAAACAAACCCAAAGUACUCGUCAAGAUCCCUCAGAAGGUGAUCCAAAACUGUGUCGGACUUGCAAUCUUCACUGUCAUGCGAACUGGGUUGUGGGUUUCUGGAGCUGGAGGUUCCGGUGUAUUGAUCGCAAGAAAGGAAGACGGCAGCUGGUCGCCCCCCUCCGGCAUCCUCAUCCACACCCUGGGUGUUGGUUUCAUGGCUGGCAUUGAUAUUUACGACUGUGUGGUUGUUAUCAAUGAUCGGAAAGCACUGGAAGCCUUCAGCAAAAUCCGUGUUUCGCUUGGUGGGGAAAUCAGCGUAGUUGCUGGUCCAGUGGGAGCCGGCGGAGUCAUCGAGUCGGAAGUGAUGAAGGACCGCAAGCCAUUGUGGAGUUACAUGAAGAGCCGUGGCUUGUAUGGAGGCAUUCAACUUGAUGGCACGAUCAUCGUGGAGAGGAGCGACGAGAAUGCACGGUUCUACGGGGAGCGUCUUCCGAUCUCUCAAAUUCUUUCCGGAAAAGUCAAAAGAGUCCCCGCCGAGACGAGGAUGUUGAUAGAAGUUGCGAAGCAGGCACAAGGAAGGACAGACGUCGAUCCCGUGGUGUUGGAGCAUGCAGCUCAACAACCUCCACCUUCAGAUUUUCCGGUUGAAAAAGUUAACGAGCCAACCCAGGCACAGAUGAAUCAAUUUGCACCACCUGCGAGUUUCCACGACCAAGCACCAUAUUUUCCGCCUCCUCCGAAUGCUCAAGGCCAAUAUCAAUCUCACUUUUCUGAGGGCCAGACUUCAGCAUACCCCCCUCGACCAACUUCACAAGGUGAAUCUCAAUACUCCACACUGCCGCAUGAUGGCCAAGUACUACACUACCCACCGCCCCCAGGAGGUCCCCCAGGAUAUGCAUCUUCGUCAGGCGGCGAUCAAAUUAUAAUCUCAGGAGGCCCUCCAACACACGAUCAGAAAGAAAGCUACGGUCCAAGAUAUUCUUAG